UUUAAUAAACUACAUAUUUUGUUAAAUUCUAGUCGUAGUUUUAGCUUGCUGUGAUCACCGACAUUUGUUUUGUUUUAAUUUUGUCGUAUGAAGUAACUUAUUUCACUGGUUAAACACCAGUGUUUCUUGUUAAUGACGUUAACGGUGCGUUAAGGGUUAUAAUAAUCCAUCAAACAGCCAAUUAAUGACGCACAUUUGUGCAAUGGAAUAGAUUUGUUGUUUUACAUUGUGUACACAAAGGGAACGGAGUAGAUACAUAUUAAUAAAAUGAUCUUUAAAGUCAUCUUACUCCUGGCACCGCUUAUUUUGUUAAGCAAAGCACAAAAUGGAACCAAAUCAAUUUCGGAAAACAACCAGGUGUGCUUGAUUGUGCCGCCGGAAGUUGAGCAGUGCUACAAAAACUUCCAAGGGAAGCAACUCAGUGAGAAAGCGGCCCAGGUCAAUUGUUUGCAGAAACUUCUAUGGAACUUCACGCCAGAUUAUACACUCACGGAGUCACAGCUGAAGUACUUCCGCUCGUUGCUAGGUAACCAGGCUAGCGCAAUGGCGGCGGGUGGCCCCGGAGGGUCCCUCAUCGGACUGCCACCUAGCGGACGCCGUGCAAGAAAGGAGUACCGCCUCCUUAGUGUGCCGGAGCGACAGAAGUUCCACGCGGCGCUCAAUAAAUUAUACGAGGACGGCGCCAUCGCGGCGUUUGCGCGCCUGUACGCACGUGCGUCGGAUAGUCACCAUGGCGGCGCGUCCUUCCUGCCAUGGAACAGGGUCAUGCUUGUCAUGUUCGAAGAGGCUCUACGACGUCACGACCCCAGCGUCUCGCUGCCGUACUGGGACGUCACCAUCGACCACGACGUGGACAACCCAGUUAACUCGGUGCUAUGGACUCCCGAGUACUUCGGCGCCGGCAGCGGCGAGGUGAUGGACGGGCCUGCCGCCGGCUGGGUGACCAACCAAGGCAAUCUCGAGCGCAACUACGGGCGAAAGGGUCGCCUCAUCUCCAAGGACGUGAUACGGAACAUACUUCAAGGGUGUAAUUUAAGGGACAUCUCACAGCCAUUCGCUAGUCGCCGUUACGAUCUCGAGUACCAUCACGGCGGCCCUCACGUCUGGGUGGGCGGCGACAUGGCGCAUCCCGCGACCAGUGCCUAUGAUCCAGUCUUCUAUAUGUACCACGCCUUUAUAGACUACAUAUGGGAGGUCUUCAGGCGCCGACAGUACCGGCGGUGCGGCGUCGAUCCGUCGCGGGACUACCCGGAAGUCCCUCUAGGAAAUAGUCACGCCACUGAAUCGCCGAUGGUGGGGUUCGAAUGGCUCAAAAAUAGGGAUGGUUUGCAGCACGAUUGGAUCGACAAUUGGUAUUACUACCAGUCCACGCCAUCCUGUCCGAACUGCUGCGAUGGAUGCAGCUUCCCUCCACCCAUCUCGUGUGACAGAAGACGAGACGUCUGCGUCGCGCGUUCUAGAAGAAACUUCGCGUUCGGACCUCGGAGUGAGAGUACUCGAAUCAAAGAUAUCUUCGCGCAAGCUCAGCUAGAUCCUCGAGAAAUUGAGAGUCUUACAGUGCAGCCCACACCUAGAAACCGCGGUCAAGAGUUUCCGGCGCCUCCAAAUGAUUCAAGGACGAUUCAGACUGCCAUUGCCGAUGCAUAUGAGUCAGUUCGACGGUCAACAGAACAAGGGCCGAUCGAUCGUACAGUUGUUGAAUCUCGUGAUUCCAGAGCUGUCACGGAUCCCCGUGAUCCUAGAGCUCCUAUUGAACCACGUGGUCCUAGAGCAAGUAUUGACGCACGUGAUUCUAGAUCUCCUAUUGAUGCACGUGAUCCUAGAGCUAUUAUUGAUCCCCGUGAUUCCAGAUCUUCUACAGACUCACGUGAUCCUAGAACUCCUAUUGACGCACGUGAUCUUAGAGCUCCUAUUGAUCCACGUGAUUCAAGAGCUCCUAUUGACACACGUGAUCAUAUAGCACCCGUUGGUUCUCGUGAUAUACGCGGCCCUAUUGAUCCUCGAGACCCACUAGGCCCAGCCGACCGCGCUCCGGAUACCUUGAGAAUUCGCAGUUCUUCUUCCAGAGAUACAAUCGAUCCGACGUUUGAUUCUCGUGGAUCUUCUAGGUUCGAUUUGGAUCCACGCAUGUCUGUCGAUCCUUUGCCUCUUGUUUCUGAACCUCGAGACGCCUUUGUGGAUGGAAGAAGCCGGUUUGACCCAGUUCCUGACAGGAUUCCCGACCCUCGGGAACGUUUCAGGGACCCUCAGGCGUUCAACUCCAGAAAUUCACCGGGAGAGAGAUCAACUUCGAGAGACUCUAUCAUUGGGCUGCAGGAUUCGACCUUUGACCCUCGUCUUAGCGGACCGCCAGCCCGGGGUUUUUCAGACUCGGUGAUCGACCUGCGGACACUUCCGGUCGGCGAGGGCGCUCCGAGACUUCCACGGGGUGAAUUUGAGGCGCCGUCAUAACCAUGCAUACGGAUAAUUAUGUUCCAGUUGUAUUAGUAACGGGCAUUUACACACAAUCAACAUAGCUUACAAUUUUAGUUUUUUUAAGACUGAAUGUUCAUAAAAUAAUUAGAAGUGCCUUAAAUAAAAUUGAAAAAUAUGACCAUGUUUUGUUAAUAAUAUCUGUGUUGAGGUAUUGUUAUACAUGGCCUCACUUUAGAGCCAGAAGCGCUUAUCAGUCGUUGCACAAACGUAUAUAUCACGUGGGGUUUCACUGGACGAAUUUUAUAACGAAAUUAUGGUAGCUUUUAAGUAAAUUGAAACUCUUUUGACAGCAAUUCAGAUUUUGGAAACGUUAGUAAGUUAUGUUAUGGGUUUAUUGUGAAUGUGUAUAUUCAAUUUUAACGCAAUUACUAAUAAAGACAGUCAAUACUACAACCAGUUUAAGUAAUACUAGUUUAACAAGACUAUUGCCAAGCAAUAUAAGUCCCCUACCGGUGAAACUCCACCAUUUUCAGAUUUUAUAUAUAUAUAUAUAUUUGUUGCCAUAACAACCAGAAUUCUUGACGUAGGAACAACAUGAAAUGACGUGCAUAUUGUCCAUAUUGCCAUCUAUCCAUGUUUCAAUUUUCAUGAAAACAUAUUAAGAACUUUUAGAGUUAUCGCAGAAUCCAGAAAUGUGUGACGGACUGACGGAUACAAAACCAUAAGUCCCCUCCGGUGAAACCGGUAGGGGACUAAAAAAUGAGUGAAAAUCUCUGACCAGGCCCCACCCCAACCCCCAUUACUUUUGACCCAGGGGUCAGAUCAAAAUUCCAAAUAGUGCAGGAUCCAGAAAAGUGUGACGGACUGACAGACAGACUGACACACUGAGCGCUAACCGUAAGUCCCUUCCGGUUUCACCGAUAGGGGACAAUAAAUGUCCGAAUGCAGUUAACAAUAAAACGUAUUAUUCUUCACGUAUAAGAUCGGAAUCUGUAAGUGAGUGUUUGAUUGUACCAGUUCUUAUGAGCAAAACUUUCUUAAUUCUUUAGUUUCUUCAUGCUUUCCUCACCUUUGUAAUAAAGCAUUUUGAGAAAGA